UAAAUGCUGUUUCUCUAUUGUUUCAGUUGUACGGUGUGGUGACGCAUAGACACGGGCAUGAUGUGUCCACAGAAGACCCGGAACUUGUAGAACAACACGAGAACAUAACACACCAUGGGAAGGACCGCGGUGGCUGGUCACAGUGGAGCGAGUGGUCACUGUGCUCCAGAACGUGCGACGGUGGCGUGUCACGACAACUCAGGACAUGUUCAUCGCCGGCAGGCUGCCGGGGAGAACCCGUGCGAUAUAAGAUCUGUAACAUGCAGCCAUGCCGAGGGAACAUAUCGCUUUUAGAGGAAGAUGUUUGGCGCGAGCAGCAGUGCAGUGCUCACGACAGCACCCCUUACGGUGGAGAACUAUUCCACUGGACCGCUCACAGAGACGAUGCUGAGCCUUGCGCUCUUACCUGCAGAGGCACACCACAGCAUUCAGGCCAGAACCCUGAACCAACGGUGUCUUUGGAUGAGGAAGACCGGGUGGUAGUGGCUGUCCUGGCAGCGAGGGUGUCAGACGGCACCAGAUGUAGACCAGGCAGUCUGGACAUGUGCAUCGAUGGAAGGUGUCAGCGGGUCGGGUGCGACUUACGAGUGGGGUCGACGCGGCGAGUCGACGAGUGUGGAGUGUGCGGCGGUGAUGGGUCAUCGUGCUCCAGGCCGAGAUACCACUGGUUGGCGACACCUGGUUCACUGUGCUCCGCUACUUGUGGUGGGGGCUACAAGAUGUCGCUUGCAGUCUGCAGAGAUCGGUUGACCGGGUCUGACGCGCCGGAAGAACUCUGCGACGCUUCAAGCAAACCACACGCCUCCGUGGUCCGGUGCAACACACACCCAUGCCCGUUCAAAUGGUAUGUCGGCGAGUGGUCUUCAUGCAGCGUAACGUGCGGCGGAGGGGUGCGCACGCGCCGCGUCCUCUGUGCUAGAUCAGCCAACGUCACCACGGCGGAUACUUACGACCCUGGAUCAAGCUCGGAGCCAGGCUGCGUGUCUCCUGCACCGCGGUCCACUCAGCCCUGCAACCAACACGAGUGCCCGUCCUGGGUAGCUGGACUUUGGUCUGGGUGCUCAGUGUCCUGCGGGGAAGGUAUGCAAGUGCGCGGGGUGGAGUGUACUCCCGCUGGUGGAGUCUGUGACCCCUCUAAUAGGCCCGAGAUCACCAGGCCUUGCUCCACGGGGAUCAGCUGUCCAGCUUAUAGGGAAAGUGAUGAGCCGGAGGAUGACAUAGAAGAUAUACUCCCUGGAGUGGUAUAUCACACGCAGCCUCUAAUACAACCUUAUCCACCUCCCCAAGCAAAGGCAGAAAGAUUGAUCGGAGAACCUGACGUACCAGUGGAAGCGACCUACAUCAAAGAUGAUGAGUGGAGCCCAUGCAGUGUUACUUGCGGAGAAGGUUGGAGGAAGAAAGAGGUCCAUUGCAAGAUCUUUCUUGAAUUCAGCAGAACUAUUGCAAAGCUUCCUGACAGCAAAUGUAUGGGCCCGAAACCAGCGGAGGAGACUGAGAGAUGCGUUAUGGAACCAUGUUCUAUGGCUUAUGGAACUUCGUUCGGAGAUUCGAGCGUACCUUCAUACGGGGGAGGAGACAGCAAUGACCACAGCAGGUCCCUCAUCUUUGGCACGUCAAGUAACAUCCGCGUGGCUCCAGGUUCCCCGGGAAAGUCCUACUCUUGGAAGGAGAAGGGCUACACCAGUUGCAGCGCGUCCUGCCUUAGUGGUGUCCAGGAGCUGAUCAUCCAGUGCGUCAGAGACGAAGAUGGUAAAAACGCUUCGCCAUACAUGUGUGAUCCUCUGACGAAGCCCGAAAACCGAGUGAGGACUUGCAAUGACCACCCCUGCCCACCGAGGUGGAACUACACGGAAUUCUCUCAGUGCACAAAGUCCUGUGGGAUCGGGAUUCAGACGCGGGAAGUGACAUGCAUACACGAGGUGACUCGCGGCGGCACUAACACAGUGGUGGUGCCCAACAGCAUGUGCCCUCAACCGCCGCCGCCUGACCGACAGUACUGCAACGUGCUAGACUGCCCUGUACGAUGGCAGACCGGCGACUGGUCCAAAUGUUCCAAGACCUGUGGCGGCGGCCUCAAACAACGAACGGUGGAGUGCAAGCAGAUAAUGGCGCAGUCUCAUGUGGUGGAACGGCCAGCGACACUCUGCAGCUCUCCAAGACCUGCAUCCACCAAAUCCUGCAACUCCAGACCCUGUCUGCUGGACACGGCUUCUCCAGAAAUAUCUCUGGCUAACUCCUCGUAUAUUCAGCACGACCCGAAGAAGAAAAAGGUGACAGUAAAAGUCGGUGGUUCCGCGACGAUAUUUUAUGGGACUCAAGUGAAAAUAAAAUGUCCUGUCAAAGGGUACAACAGGACGAAAAUACAGUGGGCGAAAGACCACCAGAUUAUCACCAAGUCGAAGAAAUACAAGAUCUCAAAGAAGGGAGCACUCCGCAUCACAUCUUUAUCCCUGCGUGAUCAUGGCGUCUACACCUGCGUCGCUGGACGGUCAAGCGCCAACUUAACUCUGCUGGUGAAGCCGAGACCUGGAGAGUUCCCUUCCAGCGAAGAGAUCGAAAGGCAUAAGGCGUUGGAUGAACCAUCUUCACCGUUAGCUGAUAGCAGAGCAGAUAGCCGCUAUAGGGCUAUGAUAGGAAGCUCCUCAGACGACCAGUCCCAUGAACAGCGGCCGGGGGACCAAAGGAAGACUUAUAAGAACAAGUCCAGAGUCGCUCGCGACAAUAGUCAUAGUAUGAAAGCGUAUGGCACCACUUCCGAGACCAGCAACAGACGCGCGCGCCCGACGACUGUCGUGAGCCGUCGUACCUUAAGUAUACGAGAUUCAGUAUCCGAAGAUAUUACGUUUCUGGCUUUUACUUGCAGUAAAAUAGACAAGGUUCGAGAUGCUCUCUACGGCAACACAGCUACAACCAGCACCAAAGCCUCACCAAGCUUCAACUCUCAAGCUAGAGACAUCUACGAUGAAAACGAGACACUAGGAAACUCGAGAGGGCAAAGGAUGGCAGAUCCGAUAAUAAUCUACCAGAACUAUGGUGUACCGUCACAUAUAGUGAACUUGGAAGACAAGCAGAUAGUGUUCCCUGAAGACGAUGAUUCAGAUAUCAUUAUAGUUAACGAAGAUUACAAUAGAAACAGCAUCGAACAUGCUAAUGUAGAAAAUUUGAAGGAUUUAGAUUACAUAGAGUCGACUACUAUAGCCAGGUUACAAGAAGCACCAGAUGCCAAAGAGUACGUGUGGAUGACCACAGAAUGGUCUCCUUGCAAUGCCCCUUGUGGUCAGGUCGGGCACGAAGUGAGGGGAGCUGUGUGUCAGCACAAGAAGAAUAACUCGACCACCACUGUGAAGACAGAAGAGUGUAUUUCUAGAGGAGCCACACCCCCUUCGGUGCUUCGUGAGUGUAGCAACGGAGAGUGUGCGAAGUGGCACGCUACCCAUUGGUCGCCGGUUCGAUGCCUCGCUAGCGGAGCUGUAGCUGAUGUUAUUCAAAAAUUUACGAACUCCGUAGCCGAGUGGUUUGGAUGCCGGGUUGCUAGGUGCUGCCUACUCGAGAGAUCCCGGAUUCAAAUCCCGCCCGUAUUCAGGAGCGCGAAAAACAUUAAACCUGGACCAAGAAGGUUAGAGAGAAGGAGAAUGAUCACUACGUGCUUAAGCAUUGGCCCGCCCGACCCUGAAAAUCUGUAG